CUCAGCCUUUUGCUUCUCCACACAAUCUGUUGUGUCUAAACCCUGCUCUCCACCUUCACUCUGAUCUCUUCAUGCUCAACCCUCCUUGUUCUCUUCUUGCUUCUCUCAGAAACUGGCAUCGACAUGGACAAUAACCGCACCUUCCUAUACUUUGCAUACGGUAGCAACCUGCUGAAGGAGAGGCUGCAGCUCAGGAACCCGUCUGCAACAGUACACUGUGUGGCCAGGCUCAAGGACUAUAAAUUAGUGUUUGGGAACCAUAAAGGCCUUGCCAGUGACCGGUGGCAUGGAGGUGUGGCCACCAUAGAGCACAGCCCAGGGGGCGAGGUGUGGGGUGUGGUGUGGAGGAUGAACAUGUCCGAUCUGCAGUCUCUAGACAGUCAAGAAAACGUGACAUUAGGUGCAUACAGCCCUGUGGAGCUGUCAGUGAACACAAAAGGCCAGGAGGUUGACUGUCGCACCUACAUAAUGAACAGCUGCGUGUACGCCCCGCCAUCUCCACAGUACCUACAGGUGAUCAUGAUGGGAGCAGAGCAGAACGGCUUGCCAAGGGACUACCAGGAGAAGCUGAGAGCAAUCAAGACCAACAUGUAUGAGGGUCCUCUCCCCAUGAUGGCCGAACUAGAGAGAGCCAGAAGAAGAGCAAAGGAGAAGGCCAACCAUCGCUCUGACGCCUGAAAAUUCAGUCUAUGUCAGGUCCAGUUUUUAUCAUAGGAAAGAACCUGUAACACUGUUCACUUCAUGCUUAACUUAAU